CCUUCUCUGCGAGAUUGACAUUCACAUGCAUCACCAAGGAUCUAUCACUAUCAAAACAACAAUCACCAAAGAUGAUGAAAUUGAAAUCUCCCAAGAAACCAUAAACCUUCCUUCAAUUUCAGUUGCAGGAAGAAGCAACACGCAAUGCAUAAUCACAACAACAACGAUAACGAUGAUAACAACAACCACCACCAACAACAGAUUCCCAAUCAGAACAAUCACAAACCAAGCGUGCUUCCCAAGAGAAUAAUCCUUGUCCGCCACGGCGAGUCUCAAGGAAACUUAGACCCCUCCGCCUACACAACCACCCCAGACCACAAGAUCUCUCUAACCCCCCAAGGCAUAACCCAAGCACGAAUCGCCGGCGCUCGCAUCCGCCACGUCAUCUCCUCCACAUCCUCCACCGAUUGGCGCGUCUACUUCUACGUCUCUCCUUACGCCCGCACCAGAUCCACGCUCCGCGAGAUCGGUAGAUCGUUCUCCAAACACCGCCUCCUCGGUGUUAGAGAGGAGUGCCGCAUUCGUGAACAGGAUUUCGGUAAUUUUCAGGUUCAGGAGCGGAUUAACGCGCUCAAGGAAACGAGGCAGCGGUUUGGUAGAUUCUUCUUCCGAUUUCCUGACGGUGAAUCCGCCGCCGACGUCUUCGAUCGCGUUUCCAGUUUCCUUGAAUCUCUGUGGAGGGACAUCGACAUGAACAGGCUUAAUCAUGACCCUUCUAACGAUCUGAACCUGAUAAUUGUUUCACACGGGCUGGCAUCCCGGGUUUUCCUCAUGAAGUGGUUCAAGUGGACGGUUGAACAAUUUGAUCUUCUGAACAAUUUUGGAAACGGCGAGUUCCGCGUGAUGCAGUUGGGGAGUGGCGGAGAGUACAGUUUGGCGGUUCAUCACACAGACAGAGAAAUGCAUGAAUGGGGGCUCUCUCCUGAUAUGAUAGCUGACCAGAAAUGGCGAGCUCAUGCCACCAAGGGUGCCUGGCAUGAUCAGGGCCCCUUGUCCCUCGAUACUUUUUUUGAUCAUCUUCAUGACUCUGAUAAUGAGGACAAUGAUGACCAAACAAAUUCAUAAUGCGUGUGCCUUUGCAUAGCUUCUGGGUUGGGGAUUCAUCUUUGACAUUUACUAGAUACUAGGUUGUUCAUUUCUUUAUUUGAUUCUUUCUUUCUUAUGGAUAAGAGUAAAUUUCAUUUUCACUAUAGAGGGAUGUAGAUGAGGUGAUAAUAGGUUGUUUUUACUUGUUAAUUAGCUAGCAGUUCUAAUCAACUCAUUCAUUAUGAUGAAGUUGGCAAUCAAUUGGAGGUCUCAAUAGAUGCCUAUGAUAAAUUGAUAAUCAUUGAUUGUAAGUAGACUUGCUUCAAUUUUAUACUUUCUGUAAGUAGACUGCAUAAUGCACGGAUCAUGUAUUCUUUUACUAUGUAUAAUGGUAGAAAAGCCUGCACAAUAGUUUAUAGUUA